AUGGACACCAUGAUCCAUCAGUCCAACAGUAACAGGGCACGCGACAUUGAUGCCCAGUUCAAGAUCCUCGAUAAACGAUUGGAUCAGGUCUCCGAGGACCUUGAGCGUGCUGAGGGUAAUAAAAAAGCCCUUGAGGCUUUAAAGCACACUAUCGAAAAAGACCGCGUAGAUGUCCAGGACCUGCGGAAGAUAGUUAGUGCAACUGAAUAUAACCUGCAACGGCAACAACGCCUGGCGAGUGCGGAGGACCGGAUGAAAGGCCUCCUCAAAAGUAUGGAAAAAAUGCUUGCUGCGGCCAUGCAAAACACAAGGGCGAGCCAGGUCCAGACUCGCAAGGCACCAAUUGCUGAGUCCUCGGCCAGCCCUGUGGGUAUUGCACGCCGCCAUGUCGUAAGAUUGCAUUUGACUAUCCUUUCCCCAACACUAGGUGAGCUCGGGUACUGA